AUGGCGGACGCAAACGCUCUUAACAGUAACCGCGAGAACGACGGCUCGCCGGCCGGACAGACGCCCUACGACCCGGACUUCACGGCCCGGGUCAUCGCGGCCACGGGGCCGAACGCGAACCCCCGUCUCGCCCAGAUCAUGCCAAGUCUGUUGCGCCAUCUCCACGACUUUGCGAGGGAAGUCGACCUCACCGUCGCCGAGUUCAUGGCUGGCGUGGACAUUAUCAACGAAGCCGGCCAAAUGUCCAACGACGCCCGCAACGAAACCCAACUCAUCUGCGACAUCAUAGGCCUCGAGUCCCUCGUCGACGAAAUCACCUCCAAACAACUCCAACUCCGCACCACGACCUCCCUCCCACACAACCCCACCUCCUCCGCCGUCCUCGGCCCCUUCUACCGCCACAACGCUCCCGUCCUCCCCAACGGCAGCUCCAUCGUCUCCUCCCCGGAGGACGCCUCCUCCCCGGAAUACAAAAACGCCUCCACGCACCUCUCGGGCCGCGUCCUCGACCAGACCGGCGCCCCCGUCCCCGGCGCCCUCGUCGACAUCUGGCACGCCGCGCCCAACGGCAUGUACGAGCAGCAGGACGCGGACCAGCCGGACAUGGACCUCCGCGGCCGCUUCCGCACCGGCGCCGACGGGGGGUACUCGCUCUACUGCCUACGGCCCGUCCCGUACCCGGUCCCCGACGACGGCCCGGGCGGACGGAUCCUCAAGCUGCUCGACAGACACCCCUACCGCCCCGCGCACCUGCACUUCAUCGUCUCCGCGGAUGGGUACAGGCCCGUGACGACGCAGUUGUUCGACAGCGAGGACGAGUAUCUCGAGAACGAUAGCGUCUUCGCGGUGAAGAGGGACUUGGUUCUGGAAUACAGGGCGAGCGACUCGGAUCCAAAGGCGGCGUGGAAACUGGAGUACGACUUUGUACUGUCGAGGGCCUAG